GCGUUCUGUAUUUCCUCAUGCGCAACAUGGUUACUGUGUUUACCACAUAUUGGCUAAUUUGAAAACAAGAUUUCGUGGCACGCAAAAAACUGUAACAUGGAAGUUUUUGCAGGCUGCUCGUGUUGGAUCUGUGUACGAGUGUGAAGAGUACCUUCAAAUGCUUGACAGUGAGUAUCCACGCAUUCGUACGUAUUUAGAGCGGAUGGGCCAUGACAAAUGGUCUCGUGCUUAUGCUAGUCGAAAUCGGUACUCGGUUAUGAUGUCAAACAACGCGGAGUCAUUAAAUGCAGUUAAUGCCACUGCCCGAGAAUACCCAAUAUUUCAAACCAUCAUGUGCUUUUGAGUUUGAGGUGUUUGAUAAGAGAUCCCGCUCUUAUGUUGUCAACUUGAAGGAGCGCACGUGCACUUGUCGAGAAUUUCAGCUUGAUGGGUUCUUAUGUGUACAUUCCGUUGCAGCUAUUCGCUCCCGCCCAGGACUUUCUUGCUAUGAUUACAUUUCAGAAUUCUAUACAGCACAUCAUUGGGCACAAACAUACUGCGGUAUUAUUCAUCCGAUUGGGAGUCUGGAUGGUUGGAUGGUACCUUCACAUGUUAAGCAAAUCACUUGCAUCCCCCCAUCAUGUGAAUCACGACCUCCUGGAAGGCCGAAGAAAAGAAGAAUUCCUUCUACAGGAGAACAUGUUCGGAGUCAAAAAUGCACUCGUUGCCUCAUGGUUGGACACAAUAGAAAGACGUGUAGAAAUCCUAUUCCGCUACACAUGCGUUAAAAAAUGUUUUUAUUUGAUGUUAUCAUUUGAGCAUUUUUGCAAAUGCAAUCACAUACACUUGUUUGAUUUCUGAACAUUUCCAUACAUUUGUCAUACCUUUACCUUUGAAAAAAACUGCUAAGAAUUAAUGGCUCUUCGUUAUUCAUUGUCC